GAUAUCCAGGUGAAUAUUCAUACCGACACCUUGAAUGAAUCGGGUUUUGUGGAGCACACAAUCGAUGCAUUUCGAGGGAGAACAAUUCACACUUACCACAGUGAAGGUGCGGGUGGUGGGCAUGCUCCAGAUAUCAUCAAAGUAUGUGGUGUCAAAAAUGUCAUCCCGUCUUCAACCAACCCGACGCGGCCAUAUACAAUAAAUACCAUAGAUGAACAUCUUGAUAUGUUGAUGGUUUGCCAUCAUCUCGACAAGAACAUUCCAGAAGAUGUAGCUUUUGCCGAGUCAAGGAUAAGGGCUGAAACAAUAGCUGCUGAGGACAUAUUGCAUGAUAUCGGUGCAAUUAGCAUCAUCUCUUCUGACUCACAAGCCAUGGGUCGCAUUGGAGAGGUGAUAAGCAGAACUUGGCAAACUGCUGAUAAGAUGAAGGCGCAGAGGGGACCCCUUGAUCCUCGUGCAGCCGAUGAUGAUAACUUGAGGAUAAAGCGAUAUGUUGCGAAGUACACUAUAAAUCCAGCUAUAACAAAUGGGUUCAAUAAUUUUAUCGGCUCGGUGGAGGAGAAGAAGCUGGCUGAUCUGGUUUUAUGGAAGCCAGCAUUCUUUGGAGCAAAACCAGAAAUGGUAAUAAAAGGCGGUAAAAUCGCUUGGGCCAAUAUGGGCGAUCCAAAUGCUAGCAUACCAACUCCUGAACCGGUGAUAUCAAGACCUAUGUUUGGAGCAUUCGGCAAGGCUGGAAGUGAAAACUCCAUAGUUUUUGUUAGCAAGGCUGCUCUAAGAAACGGGGUAAAAGAGGCAUACGGGCUUAAGAAGAGAGUGGAAGCGGUGUCUGGAGUUAGGGGACUCACGAAACUCAACAUGAAACUGAACGAUUCCCUUCCCGAGAUCGCAGUGGAUCCCGAGACGUACGUAGUUAAAGCAGACGGCGAAAUCCUCACCUGCUCUCCAGCCACUUCGGUCCCUCUCUCUCGGAACUACUUCCUCUUUUAGGUACCUUUUUAAAAUAAAAUUCUCAUUU